AUGCAGGCACCGCUAAACUUUCUGAUGAGAAUUUUCUCUUUCUCCAUUCCACGGGCUGUGUUUCAGCAUCAAUCUCGAGGAGGACUGGCACCAGUUUUGGAGGACAACGUAGGAACCGGAAAGCAUUCAACAUUCUGCCUUUGUCGAAUGGACGACGGUAAAAUGAUGAGAGGUGGGCAGUGGUGGGAGUCAGCACGUUUCAGAUGGAAGAAUCAGCGCGUAGGAAGAAUCAGCGCGUUGGCUGUUCGACUGACACUCAGAAGUUCAGAUGAAAACUUGUGUGCCGAUCUGAAUGUGGUGUGUUUUUCAGUAUCCGGUCAAAUUCAUUCCAUCGAUGCGUGUCAGAUGAUGGUCAGUGCAAUGGAGUUCAAUCCUACUAAGCCAUUCGGCUUCAGUAAAAAGCCACCGGAUUUCACAGGACCAAAAGUAUAA